CAGUUCGCAGGUUCUUACUACUAUUCCGAUUCCCAUUUUCAAAUAUUCAAUUGAGAAAUGCUUUAGCCUUCUCUGCAGCGGGCACAAACUUAGCAUGUCGGACGCUCUCUUCAGUCGACAGCAGCAACAACUGGUUCUCUCCGGUACCGGACCUAGCUCCGAGUCUCUUGAUUUCGGUUCUGUCAUCGUCGAAAUCCUCUCAUGGCUACCCGCCAAAUCAUUACUCCGCUUCCGGUGCGUAUGCAAACCAUGGCGGGCCUUGUUCUCCGAUCCUUAUUUCAUCAGAAGACACCUCAGCCGCAUCAACACCAAAACCAACAACAGCUACUCUCUCUUUGUUAAGGAGAUCUCCACUUUCCGAUCAAUGGACUGUGAAGCAUUAUUCAAGUAUUCAAGCCAUGAUGAUGGUCCUGUUCUGAGCAGAGAGCUUGAUUUUCCGAUACUUGAUGUGCCGUUUGAAUUUUACUAUAUAGAUAUCAUUGGUUCAUGCAAUGGCUUGAUAUGUCUACUACUUGAUUGGAAUACUUCAGUUAUUAUGUUAUGGAAUCCUUGCACUAGAGAAUCCAAGGUGUUACCGCAACCUUCUAUUAAGAACCUCCCAAAGUUUUAUGGAUUCGGUUAUGAUUCCACAACUGAUGAUUACAAGGUAAUAGUGGGUAGUUUUUCUUCCACUUCAAGUUAUGAAUAUGUUGUUGUUGCUUAUACACUAAAAACGGGUUCAUGGAGGAAGCUUCAGAGCCUGAACCAGAAUUUUAGGGUGCUUUGGCAUGGCUGUUUAGUAAACGAAGCUCUACAUUGGGUACUAGAUGAACGGGAUGAGGAUCAUAGGGUGAUUGCUUCCAAGUUAGUGUCAUUUGACUUAGCCGAGGAGAAAUUUCAUGAGAUUGCAUCCCCAUAUUGUCCAAAUCCUAUUGCCAGAAGUAAUUUGGUUGCAAGAGUAGGAAAUAUUAGUAAUUCUUUAACCUUAUACAGUCGACCCAUCUCAACCAGAGCUGGGUUAGAUUUUAGAAUGUGGGUGAUGAAGGAAUAUGGAGUCGAGAAAUCCUGGAAUGAAGUCAUGAAAAUCCCUCCGGAGGUUCUGCCUGGAGAUUAUUGUAAGUGCUUGAAGCCUUUAUGCAUUUCUGGUGAUGGUGUAACUUUGAUCGAAGUGUUUAUUGAUUUAGAAGAUAGAGGCUUCUUGAUAUUGCACAAUCCGAAGGAAAAGACAUUUAGGGACGUUACUAAUACUUGUCUGUCUAAAACAGCUACUUAUGUAGAAACCUUAGUUUCCCCACUAACAGGCAGUGGCGUGUGAAACAAACAUUGUAAGAUGCUGAAGAGGUUUUUGAGAUGACACCGAGUGAGAUCCCUGAUUUAAUGGGUGAUGAUAUGAUCAGUAAUCAGGAACCGAUUAUGUAAACCGAUGACACCUGUGAAACCAACAUGCUGAAUUCUCAUUCCUGAUUUCUAUUGUGUAUAAUAGGGAUUUUUAUCAUGAAUCUCUCAAAUUAGCUUCUUUGAGUUCUGUAAGACAUUUUGAUGCAAUUGGUAUCUCUGUCUCACUUAUUGCAUGUAUGAAUCAUUGUUAUAUCUCCACUCUGUCUGCAUGUAUAUAUCUUUGGUAGUACUUGCAGAU